AUGCCAAUCGCCGCGCUGUCCCCAGCAGCGGUGCGGGCAAUUGGCUCCGCGUCUGUUAUUUCCGAUCCCUGCUCCAUUGUCAAGGAGCUCCUGGACAACGCCUUGGAUGCCACAGCUACUUCAGUCUCCAUUGAGAUCUCACAGAAUACACUUGACGUAAUACAAGUGAAAGACAAUGGCCACGGUAUCCCCGCUAGUGACCACCCUUUUGUCUGCAAACGCACCUUUACCAGCAAGAUCCAAUCCGUCGAGGAUCUUAGAACUAUCGGUGGGAAAUCUCUAGGUUUUAGAGGCGAAGCACUUGCUAGCGCAGCGGAGGUAUCCAGUGGCGUGGCUAUCACCACUAGAGUACCGCAUGAGCCGGUUGGUUCUUCUAUCAAAUAUGGUAGAAAUGGAGAGCUUCUAAGUACCCAGCGAGCGUCACAUCCGGUAGGUACCAGUGUCCGCAUAACGGACUUGUUCAAACACAUCCCUGUCCGGAGACAAACUACGAUAAAGAACGCUGCCAAGACACUCGUCAGGAUCAAGAAGCUCGUACAAGCAUACGCUAUUGCCCAGCCCUCCAAGCGUUUGUCUUUAAGGGUCCUCAGAGCAAAGACAGAGACAAACAACUGGAUAUAUGCCCCAGGCAACAACACUAGCCUCGUAGAUGCAGUAUUAAAAAUUGUGGGCACCGAAGUUUCCUCUAGCUGUCUUGUCAAGGCCUGGCCACCUGAGAACGACAGCGACAGGUCUUUUCGAAUAGUCGCGCUUCUUCCUAGGCCAGAGUCCGACCUUACCAAGGUAAACGGGUCAGGUCAGUAUAUCAGUAUCGAUGGCAGGCCUUUAUCGACCACCCGAGGAGUCGCGCAAGAUAUUGCCAAACUAUUCAAGUCUUAUAUACGCUCGCUUGCUUCCAGUCAGGAGCCAUCUCCAAGCAUAACCGAUCCGCUUCUGUGCCUUCAGCUCCAGUGCACUAAUGCAAGCUACGACGUCAACAUUGAGCCCGCCAAAGAUGAUGUCCUUCUCGAAGACCAGGAGGAGCUUCUCUCCUUGGUGGAAGAGCUUUUGUGUGAUGUGUACGGUAUCGAAGCAAAACCAGCCGAGAGAUCAAGGACUGCCAAAAAGGAGAAGGAGCCUGCUCCUUAUCGAAACUCUUUUGACAUCCUUCUCGCCAGGAAAAGUCCGGAUGACUCACGGGCAAGCAGUUAUGUAUCCUCCUCAACACCACGGACUCCGGCUGUAGUGGAACAACAUAGCGCACACACAGAGAAUCGUCUGGAGCUGAGAAGUGUGAGCAGCAACCCCCGGUCAUUAGCUAGAAAUAGCAUGCCGAUGCCGACACGCGACAUUUCCUCGUCGCGCAGUGAUAGGGACAACACAGUAAGGAGUGGAAACGUGCGAUAUCCGACUGAAAGCCGGAGAACCUCACGGGAGAGACUGCAGACAAGCUCUCCAGGGUUCAUCUUACCGAGUCCCUCUGCCAGCUCGACGACUGCUCCUGGCUAUGUGACUGAGGCUCAGUCUUCGCCAUCUAGUCCAGGCACACCUCAAACUCCUCUUCCCAGGACAAGGCAAGCCUCGAUGGACCAUGGUACGCACCCUGAAAACGGAGCCCUUGAUAGCUGGCUGAGGAAAACUCCAGUCCCUUUGUCUCAACCAAACAUUGGCGAGGUACCUGUAGACGAUGGAGACGAGCGCUCAUUGCAGCACUUGGCGCAAGAGCGAUUUGGCUCACCAGAAAGGUCACCAAGUGGCUCAGCAUCAAUAGAGAAUGGCAUUGCUACUGCUCAGAACCAAUGUUCCGAGACCCAGGCUAGCCCCGCCGAAGCAGACGCGGAGCCUGAAGAAACUGGUUCUCCCUUGCUUGGAAGUACUGCAGACUCCGAACCUAAAGAAAAACAUGCGCCUGCGCCUGAGAAGUCUUCCGCUACUCUACGCCAGCUUCUUUCAGGAAAUAGUCACCAGGAGCUGAACCGUGCACUCGACUUUGAAAACCGCAAGAGGGAGGCUAUCCUUAGGCGUCGAGAACAACUUAAAAGUCGGCGAAACCCGACCACAACGAGUUCACCCCAUCUGAGUCGGUAUCUAGCCGCCAAGGCUGCACUUCACAGCCAGCCUGAUGCUAACCGGGAAGAGGAGCCGACCGUUAAGCCCGUGCUGAGUCCACAUGACCCACGGUCGUGUUUAAUGCGUUACAGGGUGCAAGACCAGAAUGAAGAUGGCACAUCAAGAACCAGAAGGAUCAACACGGACAAGUUGCCAUUGGAAAGCAUUCCAGACGGAAAUGAACUACAUAGGCUGGGUCUGACCCAGCAGGCCGACAUUUCACUCAUAUCGACCACUUACGACCAUAUAACCAAGACAGAUCUGUAUACUGGAUGUGGUGAUCAAUUUUUCGCCUUUGACCAUUCACAUAAAGAUACCGAGAGUGUGUUUGAUAUCUGGAGAUAUCGACUUAACAAUUUAAUGCAGAGCAAUUACCAGACUGAAAUACGGUCGGGAUUGCCGGAUGUGCAUUUCAAUUUCUCUCGUUUAGCGCAGCGCGGGCAAUCCAAGUGAUAGCAUUUGUUAUCUAUCUUAUCUUAUCUUAUCGGCGCCAGCUAGCGGUUCAGCUGUUCGAGUGACCUGCUUUGCAUCAAAUUACUAUACCUAGAC